GUAGUUUUCGACACAAAAAAGUCGAGAGACAGACAAACAUUUUUUUUCGCUGAAUUGGUGGUCGGUAUUGAAGGCUCAGACACCUCACACACACGUUGAAGUCAUGCCUUUGGGUAAUAUUUAUUACACGAUGUUCUUCGCGGUUAAGACCGGCUCUCAUGUGGUCAACGAUACCAUCAAUGGGAUGACCAACAAGAAGAAGUCAGUGAUGAACAUCACCACCAAUACCACCAAAGACACGGACCAAAGCGGUCGAUACCAGACUGAGAGCCAGACCACAAAGAAGUAGAGGAAGUCUCGUAGGAAUUGCUCAUCAAAACCAAACGGAAACACAGAAAACACAUCAAAACACAUACAAAAACACUCAGAAA